CUAGCCGUAGUCCAUGAGUCAUUCACAUCCCCCCUUCUGUACCCUCUUUCAACGAAGCAUAUAGUUAUACCAUCUCCUACACCCUAAUACUAAUACUAUAUAAUAGCUAUAUAACAUGCAUCUCCAGGGAAACAUAACACUCACACCCCCCCUACCACCGAGCCAGAACUCCCGCGACAAACUCGCCCUGCUCGCCCACCUCAACGAUCCAACCAUCUACAACUGGCUACAGGGCCCGCCCGUCCCAUUCACGGAAGCCGAUGCCGCAGCGUUCCUGGGGAGAAGCUAUACAUCCAGCCUGGCAUUCAUGGCCGAGGGAAUCGUGGGCGGGUGUCCGUUUAGCAUUAUUCGCUGUGGGGAGGAAAUGAUCGGGAACAUUUCUAUCGGGAGGUGGAAGUUUUACGAAUUAUCUUCUCUGCGACAGCGGGAGGAUCAAACCAAGUUGAAUGAUGCGUUGGAUAUAGGGGAGGAGCGCAUUAUUUGGGGGUUUGCAAUGCACCUUUCAACCUCAUAUAAUGGCCAAGGAAUCAUGUCGGCGGCAGUGAAAGCAGUGAUGGACUUUGCAGUGGAAAGGAUGAAUGCACAGCAUUUCAAGGUGUGUAUGUAUGCCGAUAAUGUGGGCAGUGUGCGGGUGUUUGAGAAGAAUGGGUUCACGGUAGAACACUUUAUUAAAGAUGGGGGGGUUGUUCCUGAGAAUAGAGGGGGUGGGAGGCGGUCCAUCUAUAUCAUGAAGAGGGAUUUCAUAUAAACAUGUAUUCAGGUGUCCAAAAUGAUAUCAAAAUCAAAGAUAGCCAAACUGAUAAAUCGUAUAUAGCCAAACUGAUAAAUCAUAUAUAACCAAAUUCACAUACUGUCGUCAUGCUAGGUAUUCGUCGCAGUCCCUCCAGGAGAAGUAUGAAAGUGUCCCGAGGCAGUACUGACACUACGUUUCGGGGCCUCUUUCGGCGCCUCCGCCAGUGCCUCUUUAGUCUCGACAGUGCCAAUCUCGACAGUGCCAGCCUCGACAGGCUGGUCCUGCGCAUGGUCCUGAGCCUCGGUGGUGGAGAGAUCAGCCUUUUCAGC